AUGUCAUUGUUCUCCUAUGCCCAAUUUGGCAUCGAGGGCACGCCUGCCCCGACAAAGGCCUUCUGGCAAGAUUGGAUUCUCCAGGAGUCACUGCGCCGGACUCUCUUAUUCUCAUUUUAUCUUGUACAGACCUAUCGCAUCAUGUCCGGCUGCAAGAUGCUCCAGUGUGAUGGAAGACUUGGUCUAUGCCACUCAUGGACAGUGUCAGCAUAUUUAUGGAGUGCUAUGACCCCAUUGGAGUUUGCUGAAGCGUGGCGAGAUAAGGACCACUAUGUGGUGACAAAUGCCAUCUUUAAUGGUGUCCUCGCUGAGGCAAAGGCAGAUGACAUAGAUGUCUUUGGGAGGAUUAUGAUUUCAAGUUUACUGGGACGAGAUGAGGCUGAGGGUUGGUUUGCAAGCAAAGGUGGGAAAUUAUAG